AUGGAAUGGAUGAGCAAGAACGUGCCCAAAGGCGGGAUGUUGCAAACGCCCAAAAACUCGUUCGAUCCGGAUAGAGCGAAAUACCUAAAACUGUUGAUCGAAGAGAGCAAAAUGGCAUCGAUGAUGCGCAAGAAGGAGAACUACAACCUGCGCAGCGACGAGGAGGCCCCGGAGAGCGUUCGGGAGCCGAAGUAUCCGGUGACCAUCAGGCCGGGCAGCUCGAAGAAACGUUCGAUGCAAACCAUCGUGGAGUCCGGCGUGUACGAAAGGGAGCGAUUCAAGCCGGCCCGGCCGGCCGUCGACAGGGAAAAGGAAAAGGAGAAGCUCCAGAACAAGAUGGCCUACAAUUCGGAGAUUAAAUUCGAACGGAAGAGGGCCAUCGAGAAGAGAGUUCGAAGGGAAACGGCCAAGGAGCCCAACAGAUUCGAUCAGCUUGUGGAAGAGAUAAAAGAGAGGGAGAAUUGGUUAAAAGACAUGGAACGAUUGGGCGAAGCCGAUAAAUAUCGACAAGUGAUUGAGAAUCAAAUACAAGAGAAAAUUCGCUUGUUGAACAGAAUGAAAUCUUGCGAUGAUGUUAUAAUCGAUUAG